GAGCGGAAGGUCUGGAUCCCGGGUUCUCCCUACCCAGGCUGUCCCUCUGCCACCUGUCUUAAUAAUAAUACACCUCGCUCGCCCUCGAUGACUACUUCGUGGCAGUGCCAGAUGUCAGGGAGGGGGCGGGCCCGUCUGCCUUAGCCCUCAGUGCUCCUGAGUACUCAGACUGCGGCCCAGAUGCAGGUUCUCUGCCUGAGGCGGGGCAGAUCGAUUCUCCGCGCGUCGCGGGAUUGCUUGGGCAGUAGUCAGGCGAUUCCAUGAUGGUACCUGGACUGAGUAGGGCGGUAGACAAACCAUUACUACAGUUUCUACAGGAAUUCUCACAACAGACUAUCUCUAGGACACAUGAAAUCAAGAAACAAGUGGACGGACUAAUUCGUGAAACUAAAGCCACAGAUUGUCGUCUACAUAAUGUCUUCAAUGACUUCCUUAUGCUGUCUAAUACCCAGUUCAUUGAGAACCGUGUAUAUGAUGAAGAAGUGGAGGAGCCGGUUCUCAAGGUUGAGGCAGAAAAAGCAGAACAGGAGAAGACCCGGGAACAGAAAGAAGUAGAUCUGAUUCCUAAAGUUCAGGAAGCUGUGAACUAUGGUUUACAAGUAUUGGACAGUGCAUUUGAGCAACUAGAUAUAAAAGCAGGAAACUCAGACUCUGAAGAAGAUGAUGCUAAUGAGCGGGUGGAAUUGAUUCUCGAACCAAAGGAUCUGUACAUUGAUCGUCCUUUACCUUAUUUAAUUGGGUCAAAGCUGUUCAUGGAGCAGGAAGACGUGGGUCUUGGAGAGCUGUCCAGUGAAGAAGGUUCCGUAGGCAGUGAUCGUGGUAGUAUUGUGGACAGUGAAGAAGAGAACCAAGAAGAAGAGUCAGAUGAAGAUUUUGCCAAUCAUAGCGACAAUGAUCAAAACCGGCACACUACACAAAUGAGUGAUGAAGAAGAGGAUGAUGAUGGUUGUGAUAUUUUUGCUGACUCUGAGAAGGAAGAAGAAGAUAUUGAAGACAUUGAAGAAAAUACUAGACCUAAAAGAAGUAGACCAACGUCAUUUGCUGACGAGCUGGCAGCUCGGAUCAAAGGGGAUGCCACAAGCCAGAUGGAAGAGGGGCAAACAGCCUUAUCUCCAGGAAAAGCAAAGCCUCAGAAGACAUUCAUAGAGAAGAAAGAAAGGAGAACUCCCUCAGAUGAUGAAGAUGGUAACUUGUUCGCACCCCCCAAGCUGACAGAUGAAGACUUUUCACCAUUUGGCUCUGGAGGUGGCCUGUUCAGUGGAGGGAAGGGACUUUUUGAUGAUGAUGAGGAGGAGGAGAAUGACCUCUUCACGGAAGCCCCUCAGGGUCGGGAAGCACGUGUCCCAGUUAAUGAAGUGUCAUCAUCCUCCAAACCUGGAAAGAGAAUCCCAGCAGGAGCAGUUUCUGUGUUAUUAGGGAAUGCUGAUGUGUUUGGUAAAACAUCUGCUCCAUCACUGAAGGAGCCUCAGAAGCCCGAACAGCCCACUUCAGGGAAAAGCUCGUACCUCUCAGCGCCUGCUGGCCUCUUUGAUGUCGAUGAUGAUGACGACUUUUUUGCAGCAUCCUUGGGCAAACCUUCCAAGACAGAAAAAGUCAAAUCCACCACCAGUAUCUUUGAUGAGGAGGAAGGAGAUCUGUUCAAAGAAAAAGCAGCGGCUUUGCCAGAAGCUACUGUGAAUAAGACAGAUGAAAAUAAAGCAAGAGCAGAAGAAAAAGUCACCAUGCCUUCCAGCAAAAAUCUCAAGCUCUUGUCAGAAACAAAGACUCAAAAAGGUUUAUUUUCAGACGAAGAAGACACUGAGGAUUUGUUUUCUCAAAAUGUGAGUAAGUCAAAAGAUGCAUCUCUCCUGCCUAGCAAAUUUCCUACAUCAGUCUCACUUUUUGAUGAUGAAGAUGAAGAGGAUAAUCUUUUUGGGGCUACAGCUGCUAGGAAGCAGACAUCAUCUCUACCAACUCAAAGCCAAGAGAAAGCAAAACCCUCUGAGCCUUCCAAAAAGAAAGCAUCUGCAUUAUUGUUUAGCAGUGAUGAAGAGGACCAGUGGAAUAUUACUGAUUCACAGACCAACUCAGCAUCUGACAACAGGUCUAAAGGAGAACUUAGAGUCUCUGGGACCUCUCAGGACCAGAAGGCCAAGGCUGUGAAAAAGACCAGCCUCUUUGAGGAAGACGAUGAAGAUGACCUGUUUGCAAUUGCUAAGGACAGCCAAAAGAAGACCCAGAGAGCAUCACUCCUCUUUGAAGACGAUGCUGAUAGUGGAAGCUCUCUGUUUGGCUCUCCUCCCACAUCUGCUCCUCCUGCAACUACGAAAAAAGAGACUGUCCCUGAGGUACCACCUUUGCUAUUCAGCGAUGAAGAAGAGAAGGAGGCACAAUUUGGAGUGAAACCUGUGGACAAGAAGGUUGAGAGUGCCAAAGGAUCUGCAGAAAUUGGGAGAACUCAUGUGGUUGAGGAGUUGGAAAAGGAAGGAGCUUUGACUGUAUCUACUCAGGAAGUAAUCAAGCAUUCUGAUUUAUUUUCUUCAUCAUCCCCCAUGGACAAAGGAACCAAAAGUAGAACCAAAACUGUUCUGAGCUUAUUUGAUGAGGAAGAAGAUAAAACAGAAGAUCAAAACAGCACCCAGGCUCCAAAGAAAGAAGUAGGAAAGCGCCCCAAUCCUGAUGCCCGCCCCAAGAGCACAGGUGUCUUUCAGGAUGAAGAGCUCCUUUUUAGUCACAAGCUCCAGAAGGACAAUGACCCAGACGUUGACCUUUUCUCUGGCACCAAAAAAACCAGGUCAUUAGAGCCAAGUGUUGGGAGCCUAUUUGGGGAUGAUGAAGAUGAUGACCUUUUCAGCUCUGCCAAGUCCCAGCCUUUGAUACCAGAAAAGAAGAGGGUAGUAAAAAAAGACCAUUCUGUUUCCUCUUUCAAGAACCAGAAACAUCCUGAAUUCACUCAAGGUAUCAAAGAAAAAAGCAUAUGGAAACCGGAAACCCCUCAGGACUCACCAGGUUUCGCUCAAUUUAAAACCAAAGAGCCAUCCCCCCGGAUCUGGAAAAUACAAGCAAAUUUAGCGAUUAACCCAGCAGCCUUGCUGCCUGCAGUGACUCCUCAGAUCUCUGGAAUGAAUCCUGUUUUGCCAGAAUUGGCUUUUCCUUCAUCUGAACCCGAGAGAAUCCACAAUCUGGAAAGUAUGCCCACUCUUCCUGGGAGUAUGGAGGCCGGCGUGAGUUUUGAUCUUCCAGCUCAGGCCGACACCUUACACAGUGCAAACAAGAGCCGGGUCAAAGUGAGAGGGAAGCGCAGACCACAGACCCGUGCAGCUCGGCGAUUGGCUGCACAGGAGUCCAGUGAGAGUGCAGACAUGAGUGUGCCCAGAAGAUCUAUUGCACAAUUGGCACAUGGUGCCAUUUCACCAGAUGGCCAUCAGCCACAGCCCAGGGCAGCUGGUGGAAAAGAUAACUCUGAGGAGAUGGUGGCAGCUGCCACUUCAACUUGGACAGGUGGUCUGGUGCUGCGAGUAGACAGAAGCUCCUCUGGGAAAUCUCUGGGUCAGUCUCUUGAGGAUGACCUUUUUGAUUCUGAAGAUACCUUUUCCAAAGGUACUGGAUCUCAGUCUAUGGAGAUCAGAAAAGCCAUGGGAAAGGCAGCAGAGGGACCAGCCAACCUGCUAGGGGGAGGUAAGGAAAAGAGCUCCAUGUUUCCUGUUCUAGGUGAGACAGGUAGUGAUGAUGAUCUCUUCCAGUCUGUUAAACCAAAACCAGCAAAGAAAAAUCCCUUCCCUCUCCUGGAAGAUGAGGACGAUCUCUUUCCAGAUCAGAAAGGCAAGAAUGAGUCAAAACCCAACAGUCAGCAAGAUGUCAUCUCAAACGCACAAGAUAUUUUUGAGGAUGAUAUAUUUGCUACAGAAGCAAUUAAACCCUCACGAAAAACAAGAGAGAAGGAAAGAACAUUUGAUCCCAACUUGUUUGAUGAUAACAUUGAUAUCUUUGCCGACUUAACCAUAAAACCAAAAGAAAAGUCCAAAAAGAAAGUGGAAGCUAAGUCUAUAUUUGAUGAUGAUAUGGAUGAUAUCUUUUCCUCUGGUGUCCAAGCUAAGACAACGAAACCAAAAAGCCGAUCUUCACAGGCAGCACGUGAACCAAGAUCUGAACAGAAGGUUGCCAACAUAUUUGAUGAUCCUCUGAAUGCCUUUGCAGGCCAGUAGAGCCUACAGGGUAUCACAUCUCAGUCUCUAGCUACAUCCUUGAGUUAAUGAUACUGUCUUAUAUGCUCAUUAUCCUAACUGAAUUAUAAAAAGCAAAUACUGAAACAGCAUGCUCACCUCUUACCAAAUGCACCUAAUCAUGCUUAAAACAGCAAGGCAAAAAUAAACAUUUCACAGUA